CAAAUUAUCUGACCGUUACCCAGUUCCCCGUGCCAGCACCAACAAAAUAUGACCGUUGCUAUUUGCCCCGCUUUCCUUCAUCGUCAUCGUUUAAAUAUCUGAAACUCCCCUGUUUCCCUCACCAUAUCAAUCUGGAACAAUUUGCGCCAUAUUCAUUAAUCUUUUUCCUGCAACACAAUAUCCAUGGCGGAAAGCAAAGAAGACGCUCACGUGGUUGAAAUUCCGGUGGACGAGGAGCACCGGCACAAAGCCGCUUGUUCGGCUGCGAUGCAAAGCCACCCGUUGGCGGAGAUCUCACGCAGCCCGGGGCACUUCCUCCUCCUAAAGCUGUGGCAGAGGGAGGAGGACCUGUUCGGGAGGCGAAUGUCGAGAAAGGAGUCGCGAAUGGACACGAUGAGGCGAGAGAUCUUCCAUCUCUGCACUCAAUUCUUCCUCUUCCACGGCCUCUUCUUCACGAUCCUCUUCGCGUCGUCUGCGCAGCAGCAGCGCUGCGACAAGUGGUGGGUGCCGUCGCUGCUGUCGGGGUGCGCGUCGGGCGCAAUCGCGUUCCUGGUCCAAUUGAAGCUGUGGAGGUUCUGGAAGGUAGAGGGGCAGCUGCAGAGGGAGAGGGGGGAGGCGCGUGCCCUCACGCGGUGUGUCCAGGAGUUGAGGAUGAAGGGGGCAAGCUUCGAUCUGAGCAAGGAGCCCAAUAGGGGGAAGAGGUUGAAGAGCUCCAGCGUCGAGAUCAAGUGGGGCCCCCUCACUUGGUGCUCUCGCUACAGACUCACUCUCUUUCUUAUCUCUUUUGCAGCUUUGGCGCUGCCUUCCUGCAGAUUCCUGCUCUGUGCCUGAUUUCACCAAGGAAAACGGCUAGGAAUGAAGCUCUCUCGGUCCGAAUUUUCUGCUCCAUCCAUGAAAUGGAGAAGAGGAGAGUGUUUCAGGCGUCUCAUAAUUUGUUGAUAAAAAAGGAAUUUCGGGUUGUAAUUUUGGCAUACAAAACAAAAGAAAGCAGCUACAGCUAUAGCAACACUGCUUGUGUUCUGUUUUUUGCAUUAGUGAUGAAAACUCUGCAUGUGGAAACAAAAGAUUUUGCCUCUUUCCAUCAUCCUCACUUGUAUUUUACUCUUUCAAUAAUCAAAAGAUGUUGUGUUGUCAAGCGCAA